AUGGCGCGCGAGGCGGUGAUACCACCCUCACAGGGUUGCACUGUCGCGACGGCCGUUCGAGAUACUCGGCCUGAGCCGACUCUACGAAAGUCCACCGAUGCCUCAACCCAGGCUCAACUUCCAGAACCCGUCACAAAGUUUUGGAGAAGCGAGGAUGAGAGUAACCAUCCAGAGGCAUGGACCCCUGAUGGAGCCCAAAACUUCGUCGCGGCCAAAUGGACUGACCCACUACCUUCUACUGAUCCUAACGAAACAACAACCUACAUCGCCCGCACCGACGAAGACCUCAUCCCAGCACUCCGCCUCAUCUCUGACUCUGUCGCCCAACAGCGUCAACUCGCCGCUCGAUCCCUCCUCCUGCACCCAGUAUGCUGGCUGCCCAUUAUCGCCAGCAUCCCAUAUCUCAUUGUCGAACGAGCCCACGAUUCCUCAGAUUGGCUCGUUAUUCUCAUUAAAAUUGCCUGCAUCAUGACGACAGUCAUGACAGUUAUCAAAAUCAUUGUACGCCGAUACCUCGACGAAGCCGAGAAGGUCGGACGCUGGAGCUGGCUCUACGGCCACCGCUGGAUUAAAACCCGACUGGGCAAUCUGUGUCGUGCCGAGAAAGCCGGACGGUACUCACGGGACGAGAGGGAUGACUAUGUAUUCAUAACCCGUCUCGGCAAAGAUAUCAUCGGCGCCGUCGUAUUGCGCAUUAUCGAUACUUGGGAGCGGGAUACGGACCCGGGCUUUGAACUUGGUCGAGACCUUAAACGCAGACAUCCUAUGAGUUACCUGAUGAAUACGUAUCAUCGAAAGAAAGUUUGUAUCCGGGCAUGGACCAUCAAGCGACAAUAUCGAGGCCAUGGCAUCGGUCUUGCGCUUCUUCGGUUCGUCGUUCGCUGGGCUCUCGAUAAUGAUCUCGAAUUCAUCUUCUUCGCCGAUGACCAUGCGCAAUCACUGCGUGUGCUUCCGAUGUUUCUGAAUAAAACGAUGGAUACGCAGGAUGCUAGGGCAAGAGAUACGCUUUACUGGGAGGUGAAACACUACUCGACACCCUGGCAGAUUGAGCAGCGAGAGGAGCGGAGGAUGCUCUUCCAGCUUGAUAAAGCUAAGACCAAACUUGCCGACGUGAGCGAUAGAAGUCCAGACCAGGUCUUCAGUCCGCAGAAUGAUUUUACUGAGCUUCAUGGAAGACUUGCAUCAAGGAAUUCGAUGAGGGGUUUGCUUCAUGAUACCCCGAAGAGGGCUGAUGUGCAGCCAUCUUUUUCGUCGUGGUCGCCUGUAGAUACUAAUGUGAAUGCUCCUUCACCUGAGCGAGCCAUGGCUGUACAGCCUGAUUAUUUGCCUUCGUCUGAGCACGGUACCGAUCCUGAGUGA